UAGUAUUCUACAAUUACAGCUCUUCUUAAAUGAUUAUGAAAAAGUGCCUUUUGACGCGCUUCUUUAUCUUACUGGCGAAUGCAAUUAUGGUGGACGCGUUACAGAUGAUAAAGACAGACGUCUAUUGAAUUCCUUACUUCAAGGGUUCUACAAUGCCGUAGUUAUCACUCAGCAAGAAUACUGUUUUUCACCAAGUUGUAUGUACCGUAUGCCUCUAAAUACCGAGCAUCAAGCUUGUGUAGCAUACAUUCGAAGUUUGCCAAUUGAUCAGCACCCCGAGGUCUAUGGUCUACACGAGAAUGCGGAUAUAACGAAGGAUAAUCAGGAGUCUAUGCAACUGCUCGAUGGAGCUUUACUAACACAGCCACAGAUUACUGGUGUUGGGGUCGAGCGAGACGUGGACGCUAUGGUUUUUAAUUUAUGCGACGAUAUUCUAUCUAAAAUGAGAUUGCCCUUCGACGUUGUGGAAGUGGCUAAGAACUAUCCAGUGCUUUACAUGAACAGCAUGAAUACGGUUCUUCGGCAGGAGCUGAUCAGAUUCAAUAACUUGUUGCUCGUUAUUAGAAACACCUUGGCGGACACGCAAAAAGCCAUCAAAGGCUUGGUUCUAAUGUCAGCAGAGUUAGAAGAGGUUUCAACGAGCAUGAGCAUCGGCAAAGUGCCUGGAGCUUGGAAUAAAAGGUCCUAUCCGUCCUUGAAACCGCUCGGAAGCUAUGUAAAUGAUUUAAUUGAGAGAUUAGAGUUCUUUCAAAACUGGAUAGACUUCGAUGCACCAAAUGUGUUCUGGAUAUCCGGUUUCUUCUUUACUCAAUCGUUCCUCACCGGCGUCUUGCAGAACUUCGCGCGUAAAAAUAAAAUUCCAAUCGACAGGGUGGACUUCGAAUUUGAAGUGACUGCAUUCGAAACCAGCGUGAACACUGCACCAUCCUAUGGAGUAUACAUAAAGGGCUUAUUUUUAGAAGGUGCUAGAUGGAAUAGAGGAGAAAAGACAAUAGAUGAGUCAAAGCUCAAAAUAAUGUUUGAUGUUUUACCAAUAAUAUGGCUACAGCCUGGUGAAAAAGCCCAAUUUAUUGCUAAAUCUGUGUAUCAUUGCCCGGUAUAUAAGACAAGCGCAAGACGUGGCGUUUUAGCUACCACUGGUCAUUCAUCCAACUUUGUUUUAUACAUUUUACUUUUGACAAUAGUUAGUGAAUCUCACUGGAUUAAAAGAGGAGCAGCAUCUUUAUGUCAACUUGACGAUUGAUAGAUCUAUAUUUAUAUGAAAAUCAAGGAGAGACAAAUAAAUAGAGAAACACAUAAUAAAAAUUUGUCAAAUAAUAUAAUUGAUAUUGUAACAUUUCAGUAGUUGAUUAAUCUUACGAUCUACUUAUUGAACGGUGUAGUUACAUAUGUACAAUCUGUCUCUGUCUGUUCUGGGGCACUUCAUUUAUGAAUUUAAUCUUGAAUCUCUUAUGUGGGAUAAUGUGUAAUUCAAGACACUUAAUGAAAAAAUUGUUUAUUCAAUGAAAUUUCCAUAAGAAUAGACAGUCAAGAACAUUGUGCCAAUAAUUAUCACAUCGCUGUAUGAUAUUGAUAUUUUUUUUUAGUUGUGUAUAGUUAAAUAUAUGUACAUAUGUGUAUGUUAAA